GGGCCAGGUGGGGCGGCCGCGGGUCGCAGCGGGGAUUCCCAUUGGGGAGCGGCGCGCGCCGGCUCCCUGCGCGGGGUGGGGCCGCCAGGACACUGACUCCCGCCCUCUCCCCAUGUCAACAAGCGGGGCGCGGGGCGCCUGCGCCGGGGGCUUGCGCGUCCCCCGCUCUCGUGCGCGGCGUUGGUCUCCCGAGCAGGGCCCGGGCUGUGGCCUAGCGGCGGCCGCGCACCGAUCGCGGCGGCCCGCGGGCCCCGCCCGCCGGGGAGGAUGAUGGCCGAGGACUCGCCCAAGCGGCGCAAGGCCAAUUUCAACGAGGCGGAGACCGAGGUGCUGAUCGAGCAGGUGCUGAAGCACGAGCAGCUGCUGUUCGCGGCGGGGCCGGGCCGCGCCUCCCCGGGUCAGAAGCGGCGGGUGUGGGAGCUGAUCCGGCACAAGGUGAACCCGGUGGCCGCCUGCCCCCGCGACGUGGAGGAUCUCAAGAAGCGCUGGAGGGACUUGAAGCGGCGCGACCGCAGCAAGCUCUGCCGCCUCUCGCAGGGCUGCGGCCCCGCCGGCCACCCCGGCGGGCUCGGCCUGCUGCUGUGCACGGAGGAGAUGGCCCAGCCCGCCCCGCAGCCCGACCACCACCGCGCCUACGGAUCCGCGCUGGGCCCCGCCGAGGCCGUGCCUAUCGUGGGCGGCAUUGACACGCUGGACCUGCCCGGAGCCUCCGUGGUGGAUAUCGGGUUUACAGAUGAUCCUGGUCCAUCCCACCAAGCCUGUCUUGAGAAGAUGAAUUUAAAAGAGGAAAUAGUAGUGAAGGUAGUGGAGCCGGAAGAAAGUUCUGAGGACAUGGCUGUGGUUCCACCUAGCCAGGAGCAACUGCCCUUUCUGGGAACAGCUGGGGGUGGCUUGUCUGGGAAAGUAAAAGCCAAAACAAAAGGCCGGUCUCAGACAGACCAAAAUGAAAUUACUGAAGAGGACCUAAUGCAGAUCCAGCAGAACCAGAUGCAGGUGAUCCAGUCUGGCUUUGACAGUGUCAACCACAACCUUCGGCUGCUGCAGCAAGGCAUGCAAGAUCUCAGCAACAGCCUCAGUAUUAUGGCACACACACUGGUGGCUAUCAAAAAUGUUUAUGUGAAAAACAACACUGGCCCAACCACCUAUGCCACCACCUCUACUCAGACCACAGCAGGGUACCUGAGUCCUGGGUCUCCCCAGAUCUCCGCAGCUGAGGACAGAGGCAGAGCACAGGUGGCUGGAAGCAGCAGCAGAAGCAGCAGCUGCAGUUCCAGCUCUAUGUCUCAAGAACCAGGCCCUUCGGAAUUUCCUAGACCACCCCUGAGAACCAUUAAGAAAGAACAUCCAAAUGGCUGCUACUAUUUCUGUUUUGCAGAUGUGUAAAACUUGAAUAUGUGUAAAGUGACUGAUGUUAGAGGUGCUGUUGUAUGCGCUGCUCCACCCUGUGACUAUAAUGGAGCAAACUGGACGUGCCUCCUGCUCUUUUUUCCCCAGUGGGGAAAGUUUCACAUUAGGUGGCAUUUGACACUAACUACCAAUCUCCCAUUUGUUAACACUAACUGUUGCAGUUGGUUAAUGUCUCUCUUCGGUUUUCUUCACCGUCUUCUUUCAAAAAAAAAAUCAAAUUUAUUUUGACUAAGACUCUUGUCUGUAUCCUCUUUGGGUUAAUGUGAUUUUUUUUUUAACAUAAAAGGCAUGAUGGAGUGGGGUGCAAAGGUAAUGUUACAGUUAUUGAAUAACCGAAGCAGAAUCUGUUAGUUACACAAGUUGUGUAUUUUUUUUAAACCCAACUGCAAAAAUAGUUGACUUUAUUUAGUAUCUGCUAUUUUUAUUGUAUUUUUAAAAAGACUUUAAAAAAAAAUCUGGGCUGUGCAAGGUAUCCCCAGGGUUUGGCAACUUUACCUCUUGGGGAGAUGGGAUAGAACUAGGCCACAGAGCUGCUGAUCCAUGAAUGUGCUGCUCAUAUUUCAUCCAGCAUUGAUCCAUCUGGUCACUGUUCAUUUCCAGCUCUUCAGAUGCACCUUCCCUGCAGAAGCAUUUUGCUUAACUGCAAUGAAAGUGGAGGCUAUUCGUCACAUAGGUUUUUAAAAAGAGAAAUAUAGCAAAAAAAAUUAAUUUCUGGUGAGUGAUGCCUGCUCUCAAUAUGGAACAAUCUUUGCUGGUAUAGCUUAGCACCAGUUUCUGUCUUCAACAGAGCCAGCAUGCUUUCUGGGGACAAAUGUCACACUGUUUGAAAGAGGUAGAAAAGAAACCCAUGUCCUAUAUUGUCCAGAACUGACAGUAGACUUGCUACUCACAGUAUACUAAUUAGGGUUUGGUUAGGCUGGGGUAGAGCAAGUGCUCUCUCCUGGCUCUUGAAAGAAUUCCAUUGGCUGGGCCUCUGUUUGGGUGGAAGUGGUAGAAGAUCUUCCAUUUCCUUAUCAUUAUUUAUAUCAUAGCACUUAGGAACCACAGUCAUGGAUCAGGACCACAUUGUGCUAGGCACUGUACAAACAUAGAAGAAAAAGAUAGUUCCAUACUACAUCCUGGGGGCAAGGAGAGUUUGAGGAGAAAACAAUUCCUAAAUGCCAGCCCAGGAGCAAAUAAGAGCCAAGGAUAGAAAGAACAAAAGUCUGCUUUUUGCAUUAAUUUCUACAGAUGACAAUGCAUUUAGUUUGAAUAUCAAAAUAGGGGAAUUGCUAUUUAACAGCUCUUCUUAAAUAAUUGUGACUUAUACAUAUGCCUGCUCUGUACACAUACCCACAGGGUCCAACUCCCCCUUUCAGUGCCAGCGGAGAAAGCGUGUGGCUCUGUUAAGUAAGAAGACAUCAUUUUUACAAUCAGUUGUGACAGUAGUACUGCACUUUAAGGAGAUACCUUUCUGUUAAUCCUGAGGAAAUGAUGAAGCCCUUUGCUUUAAACUAUGAUAAAGCUGAGAUGAUAUCAACAGCUUCCAGCAGUUGGGAGUGGUGCAAGGAUUUUUCCUCAGGCUCCAAAAUAACAUCCCCUUAUUACAGCCUGUGAAACUGCUACCUCAAGGUGAGCAAAAUCUCAGUCGCAUAGCCUGUACAGAGUCCCCACAACCAGCAUUUGGGACUAGCUGUAUAGAAGAGGGCCUGAUCAUGUUGAGAGCUCUGUGAUUUUAGCUGGCAGCUCCUCAAGUAUUGCUGAAGAAUGAAUCUCAAACACAUUAUCCAGAUGACUGAAAAGAAACAUCUGAAAAAUUAAAAAUUGGCAAGAGCAUACAGUGUCAAAAUUAAAUACUCCCACGGACAUUUUUUCCAGCUAUUAUUAUACAGAAGGGGGGGCACUUAACUAACCCUCUAUCCCCCACAAUAGUUACUGUUGUCAGUUACUUCACUUUCUACAGCAGGAGGAAAGAAACCAAAGGUUGAGACAAGGAUGGACUGUUACCCUACACCAGCACAAAGACAUGUGCUACCUGCUGACGCCAUGGUUGAAGAGGUUUAGACUUUGGAGCUUAGGGGUGUUCUAUCAGUAUUAAAUGCUAGGAUCACAAAUGCAAAAGUAGGGUUCUUUUGUCAUCACCUUUGGAAACUAUUGCGUUACUUUCUCCAACUCAUUAGUUUCCCUUUACUUCUGAUGAAAAGAUUCCCUUUUAUUCUCCUUUAUAUUAACUUCAGUGCCUGUAUAUAUUUUUUUUUAAUCUGGCAGCUGCUGCCUAAUUAAAAGCAAACCUGCAGUAGUAAUAUUGCUGGUGUGUGUUCCUCAUUGCCCUAGUCCGUGUACAGUAUGCAAGAUUAUAUUGUAACACAAGCAUACAGUACAUCUACAAUGGGGGUUAAUACAGGCUAGGUGCCUUCUAUGAAGGAAUAGUCUGGCUUCUGAGAAGUUUUACUUCACAAAAGCAGUUGCUGCAGGUGAUAGGUACAACUAUUUUACUAAUCACUUACCAGGUUUUCUUAAACUGACCCAGGCCAAAACUAGUUUCUGAGUCCUGUGAUAUUAAAAGCUUCCUAUUGCUUGGAAAUAGCAUAGGAUUCCUGUUUGCCUGAUGUGCACAUAUUAACAUGCUGGGAGUUUGCAUAUUCAGAUUCCACUCAUUGAGAUGUGGGCUUCAUCAAGUUGUAUUUUCUUUAACUGAAAAGCAGCCUUCGCCUCUCUUCUGUUCUUUUAGGACAAGUAGUCAUUAAUGCUUCUGUAACAUUCCAGUUAGAUUAGUGAAAUGUUGUGCUCUAAAGCUCACCUAAUCAUUCUGGGCAGUGACUGCCAAUUUGUCCAGACUACAGAAGCCACUCCUUAACUGUUCAACAUUCUUUCAAGGCCAUUUCUCCAAUUGUUGAAUUGCUGCAUUUGCUCUGUGGCAACAUUGCUUGGUAGAGCCUAGCUUGGGCCUCUAUCACCCUGAAGUUUAAGUCCCUGCUAUGAGCAAUUGGAUUUUUCAGUUCAGAAACAGCUAAUGUUUGUACGUCAAGUGCUGUGGAAUUCCUGAGACUCUAGGAACAGUAGGUGGACAAGUACCUCCAAUGUGAUCAUGAUGACCGAGGCAUACUGAGAGACACUAUAGUAGUAGUGUAUCUACACAAACUGCUUCAGCGACACAGCUGCAUCACUGCAGCACUUUAAUGAAGACAUUACCUACAAUGAUGGGAGGGGUUCUCCUGAUGGCAUAGGUAAUCUAUUUCCCUAAGAGGCAGUAGGUAGGUCAACAGAAGAAUUCUCCUCUCGACCUAGCACCAUCUACACUGGGGGGUUAGGUCGGUUUAACUGUGUCGCCCAGGGGUGUGGAUUUUUCACACCUCUGAAUGACGUAGUUAUACUAACUUAACUUCCUAGUGUAGACUGGGCCUCAGAAUGUCAUAUUUGGAAUCUGCCAUAUUUUUACCACACUGAACCUGAUCUGUAGCAGAAUCAUUGCUUGGUUGGAUGGAGGGCGUGGGGCAAGAAAUAGAGCAAAGCUAAAGUAUCUACCCUUUUUACUGUAAUACAGGGUAUGAGGCUGCUGAAUCAGUAGGAGCACUCCAGUUUGCAACAUGAACAUCUCACUGUUGCUUGCUCUAGUACCAACAAAUUUCCACUAUGUACUUUCUAUGUAACAAAAAGAAACAAAAAAAGUAUGUCAUAACACAAUUGGUGCUGCUUCUCUCCAUUUAUAAGUUCAGAGUUACAACAGUCAAGAAAUAGGCUAUAAAAAUAAUUUGUUAGGAGCUUUAUAAACAGUAAACUCAUCAUUCAUAGGCAGUCAAGGAUUGCAGUUUUGCAUGCUGAAUGAAUAUUUUAUUUAGAACCAGUUUAUAAAAAUAAAAUACAAAAUAAUUUGAAAACAGAACAUAAAACAUUGUACAAAGCCUUGAUAUGGUACAAAUGGGAAAAAAAAUAAUUACACCUUUAUAUACAAAUGACCGUUACAAGGGCAUUAGCUCUUCUGCCAAAACUUAUGUUCUUGGAUGCCUGAGCAAAAAGAAAAAAAAUGGCUUACAAGAUUUCAUUGGGGGUUGGGGGGGAUAAGUACAGGGCAAGAGAGUCUGGAGGACUCUCAAGAAUUGCCUCUCACUAUGGUAACUAAUAAACUCUGGGGAAAAUGUAAAUGAAUUAUACCAUAGAUUUUUAAUCUUGAGUUGUUAAAUGUCUUCUUAUUGGAGUGACUGAACAGUCUAUCUUUAGUUCAUUUACAGAUUUUCAUUUCUUUGUGGUAUUGCUCCAAGAUUUUAGAUUAGCAGCCAACAGUUCACAGAUUCAGAAGUUCACUACUUGUCUCUAAGCCCUGCUGGUGAUUUCCUUAAUUUAUUGAACUGGAUACUUGUAGGAAAGCAGUUGAAAAUCAGUUGCUGCCAGUGCCAGCAUAACAGCUUGUGUCUGGGCUAAUUCAAGGGGGAAAUCAGAAGUCAGAGGAAGACUUUGGAACCUUGCUCUCUGGCCAGGGAAGGUAGCAUGAAUGCAGAGAAGGUUUCCAAGCAACUUACUGCUGGGAUUCUGUCAGGCAGGUGGAGGCACGGGGUGUGUGAAACAGCUUUUUUAAAAAAGGCUGACCUCCCCGGUGUCAAAUUAUCAUGACUUUGCUCUGCCAUGCAGCAGAUAGGGGUUUAUGAGAACCCCAAACGACUCCCAUUCUCCAUACAUGGGAAGACCAGGCCCAUCCACAUUGUAUCUUUGGGGGAAGAUGCAAACUGUCCUGCUGUUAGAGCACCCUAUACACUGGCCUGUUCACAGAUGAACUGAUCCUGAAAGGAGGCUAACACCUGCAACUCCCAUUGGAGGUAGUUAAAUUCCUUUUGAGAGUUGUGGGUGGUCAAUCCCUCUUAUGGGCAGCCUGUUUAUGAUAUUGCUUUUGAGACCAUGUGCUCUGCACCCCUGGUCACAGCAGUUGCUAUAAUAAAUGAGGAGGGGGCAUAGGUCUGCACGGUGGCCACAACACAUUCAUUUUCCAAAUAAAAUAACCAGCAACUGUAAAUAUCCUCACAGUGGACCCAUUCCUUCAGUCCAUACACAGGAAAAACCUCCACUGACUUCAAUGAGAGUUUCACUUGCAUGAAAAUGGCUGGACCAGCCCAAGAUCUAAGUUAUCCAUAUGCAGGAGGAAUGGAAGUAGUAGACAGUAAAACUUAUAGAUCAUAUAAGCCAACAUUUGCACUGGAUAAGGAUAUUGCUGAAGACCUAAGAAGCAAAACAUUUGAAUCAUCAUAUACUCAUUUGUAUAUAAGCAGGGUUUCUUUAUUUCAGCAUUUCAGUUAAAGCCUUUGUUAUAUUCAAGCUCAAGUUUGCACUGCACAGUCUCUAGCUCUAAUGAGAGAUGGACCCUGAACCAAAACAAAGGGUCCAGAUACCAUGAAUCUUUGAGAACGUUCAGGUCAAUAUCUGAGCCUUGCAGUUCAGAACACUCUCUUGUGCUAGCUUUAUGCAUCAGCCACAUAUUAAUUUCUGAAUAUAAUUUUCCCCUCCAUGAACAACUUUUGCAAAGGGAGAAAGUCAUUCCCAUGAUUAUCUGGCAUGCAUGCUGAGCAUCUUGGAAAGUGACUGGCUAACAAAAAACAGCACAUACUAUACAGGAAAGAUUGCAAGUACUAGGGGUUUGUCAUUGUUACUCUUAAGAGACACUAUUGGUGACAAUGAAUGGAAUGAAAGUCAAAAUACAAAUUAAAACUUGAAUGGAGUAGCCACUAAGUUAACAUACAGUACCUAGAGAUAAUAAACUUCUAUAUAUUUUUGUCUUAAAGGGAGAUCUGACUCAAUAUUAAAAUAAAGACAAAUGAUUUAAAGCAUAAGACUAUAGAGCCUGCUGUGAUUGUGAUUAUACAAAUUCCUCUGCUUUAGAUAGCGUGCUGUGGGAAACCCAGGUUGUACGAGUCAUUACACAAUCCAAGCUCCCCCUUAUUUCAUUUAUUUUUCCCCAAAGAGAUUUGUGUGUUUGUGUUUCAGGGGAAGGGGAGUUCAGGUGGGAGGCCAGAAAAGUAUAGAUUGGGUGUUUAUGUAUAUUGUGGUGACUUGUAAGUAUCCCUUAAGAUUCAUUUGUUCACUGUCUAGUUUCCUUGCAUUUGCACCAAAGAGAUUAGGCAUUAUACUAAAUUAUACUAGGCAUUUGCACCUGAAAGGAUUAGGCAUUAUACUAAAAGCUCCAAUAACAGCCAGGGCCAUCCAUAGCCUUUAAUAGUUAAAGGCAGGGACAUAGUUAAGUACUACAGCUUUUAUCAAUAUAGUAACCAGGUCCCCUGACUGUGUUACAGUGGAAGCAUAGAUGAACCAAAAGACAUUUGGAAUGACAGUGUGUACUUUAUGAGCCUAAUCCUGCAAGUUGCUGAGCAUCCUCAACUCUAACAGAAGUCAACAGGUGUUGGCAAUCAGCACUUCACAGGAUCAGGCCCAUAAGAAAGCAAAUUGUUAUUUUAUACCCGAGUGACUAGAAAUCAAUUGGACUGUGAUUGCUACUCAUUCCUCCCAUUCAUUUUUGGAAGGUUAAUUUUGUCACUGAAAUGAAAUGUGCAAAAAUAUUUUAGGUGAAACAAAA